AUGCUGUCUCUGCUUCCGCCCAUUGUAGCAGCCCUAGUUGUGCCGGGGACUGUCGCCCGCGGCACCAACGACCAGGUCCUGGCUGACCUCGACUACGGGACCUUCCAAAACCCGUCGAACCUCUUACGGCCGCGCUUCCGGUACUGGGUCAACGAUGCCUCUGUCAGCCCCAGCACAGUCGAACAAGACCUGAAGGAUAUCGCGAAGUCCGGUGCCGGCGGCCUUGAACUUCUGGGAUACUACAACUACGGUGAUUCCGACAACUUCGGGGGCGGGUUGCAGGCGCCGCUGCAGGCGGACUGGACGCAGUACGGGUUUGGAAGUCCGGCCUGGAAGAACCUCUCCCUCACGGUGCUGCGGACAGCAAAAGAGCUCGGGCUCGUGGUCGACUUCGCUGUCGGCCCCAACCAAGGGGCUGGAGUCCCGGCGCCAUAUCACGAUGAAGGCCUUCUUUGGGAUCUGGCCGCUCACAAUGCCACUUUCUCAACUACCGAUGGCUUUGAAGGAACGCUGCCGGGCUGGGGUAUCGGUCAGCUCGUCACCGCGGUGACGGGGUCGGUCAAGUCAUCCGGUGGCAGCGUGAAAGUCCUCGCCGUGGACUCUCUGCACGACAUCACAGACUCUGUCAGCAGCAGCGGACACGUUCACAUCCCAUCUUUGUCGUCGUCAGCCACGACGGAGAGUCACCUCUUUGCGUACUACCUUGUCCACGCGGACUACCGGGAGGUCCAGAGUCCCGCUGACGUGCCCGCUGCCGUGCCGCAAUCCCCCGUCAAAACGUGGUCGGAGAAUGGGUCUUGGGUGGUGGACCAUUUCUCGGUGGAGGGCGCUCACCUGAUGGCCUCGUUCUGGCAGCAGUCACUGCUGGAUGCGGAGAUGUGCGAUCUUCUACGCGACGUAGGGAACUACAUGUGGGAGGAUAGCCAGGAAUACAAGGCCGCCACCUGGUGGACUCCCCGCCUCCCGCAGGUCUUCCAGGCGAAUCGCGGGUACAGUAUCGCCAAGUAUCUCCCUAUCCUGGUGGGAUCGGGCGUGCAAUCUUCAAAUGUCACCUACGUCACGGAUGAGGCGGACGAGGGGAAAAGUCAUGCGCAGGACUAUGAGCAGACUUUGACGGAGCUGAAUGCCGAGUAUCUGAGGGCACUCACCGAGUGGUCCAACAAUCUGGGAGUCCAGUGGUCCUCCCAAGUUGUCUACAACAUGCCCAUGGACAUGCUGGCCAACAUCCCUGCCGUCAACGGCCCGGAGACCGAAACCCUGGGAUUUAGUAACUUGCUAGACGGGUACCGGCAAUUCGCAGGCCCGGCUCACCUCGCCGGAAAGCGGAUUGUUUCUAGUGAGGCGGGCGCGAUCAUGGGAUCGGUGUAUCAGGAGACUAAUGAUGAGCUUCUUUGGGGGCUGAAGCGCUCGUUAGCUGGGUCGGUCAACAACUUUAUCCUGCACGGAUGGCCCAUGGGCGGCAACUACGGCAACACGACGUGGCCGGGCUUCACAACCUUUGCGUACCUCUUCUCUGAGAUGCACGGGCCGCGGCAGCCUGCCUUCGAAUUCUACUCGGACUGGGUGGACUACGUGGCGCGGAACCAGUGGGUGGCGCAGAUCGGCAUCCCGAAGGUGGAUCUUGCAUUCUGGGCGAAGAACACCACUGAAUAUGAGUCGAUUUCGACGUUGUACGCGGCGAGUGAUCUCGAGGAAGCAGGGUUCACGUACGAAUACCUCAGCCCUGACAACUUCGAUCUUCCGGAGGCAUAUGUCGCCCACGCCAGCUUAGCGCCGAAUCGUCAGGCUUUCAAGGCUCUGAUCGUCCGGGCGAACGAGACUCUAACGGUGGCCGGCGUAGGCAAGCUGGUCAAAUAUGCGCAACAAGGUCUUCCGAUCAUCUUCCCAGGUGGCUUGCCCUCCACCUUCAGUGGAUAUGAUCCCACGGGCCAGGCGCAGGCGCUACAUCUCCUUCAAAGCAUCACCUCCCUCCCCAACGUCCACCUCGUAUCCGACCAAAACCUGGCUCAAACGCUUGAGUCUCUGCACAUCCAGCCGCGGACAUCCACCGCAACCAACAGCACGGUGCACACAACCUGGCGCUACGACCCCACCACCAAGAGCUCCUACAUCUACAUCUUCAACGACGGCGCCGGCCAGCGCGUCAACAGCACCGCAACCGGAGCCAUCACCUUCGCGACGACCGGCACCCCGCACCUCUACGACGCCUGGACGGGCUCUGUAUCUGCAAUAGCCAUCUACAACCAAACCUCCACGCACACGACCAUCCCCAUCAACCUAGCAGGCAACCAAACCCUCAUCAUCGGCUUCCACCAUCCCCGGAAACCCAACCCGCCAUCACCACUGCACAUCCCCAUCCCCAAUCCAGACACCCAGACCACCACCCUCCCUGAAGCAACAAUCUCAACCAAGCACAACAAAGCCACCCUCACCCUCAAGCGCACCUACGACCCCUCCCCCUUUCCCCUCCCCCUCCCCCUGUCCACAACCACCAACAAAACCCACCCCCUCAACCCCAUGCUCACGCCCCCCAUCCGGCUCACGAACUGGACACUAACCCUCGAAUCCUGGACCCCACCCUCGGACAUCUACAAUAUCACCCCCGGCCCGACCCGCACAAACACCACCUACCCACACCUCACCACCCUCCUCCCCUGGUCCCAGCUCAGCCCUGCCCUCCAAAACGUCUCAGGGAUAGGCUACUACACCACGACCUUCACCCUCUCGGCCCACCACACGCAGCAAGGCGGGGGCGGCGCGAUCCUCGACCUCGGAAAAGUCUCGCAUGCGUUCCGGGUGAGGGUGAACGGCCACGCGAUCGGGCCGGUGGAUCUGAGUGCGGCCAGAAAGGAUAUCGGGGCGUGGGUGAGGGCGGGCCGGAACACGGUGGAGGUGGCUGUGGCGAGUCCGUUGGGGAAUGUGUUGAGGGAUUACUGGGGGGAUAUCAAAAGUGGGGGGAAGGGGGCAGGAGUGACGGGUGCGUUGCCGGCGGUGGCGGAGUAUGGGUUGGUCGGAGUGGGGUGGGUUGUGCCGUAUGAGGUUGUGGAGGUUGAGGUUGGUGGUGGUGGGCUUCGGUAG